GCCGUGUGGAACGGCUGUGCUCUAAAAUGCUCUCUGCUGGAAACAGCGUAUCGGCCCCAGGCCGAGGAUCGUCGACCCCGUUUUUGAAUGAAGAUGCAAGCUACAAAGUUGUCCUCCCGCGUCUACCAACCGGUAACGAUGUUUUGAAUUCUGUUUUCCUUCAUGCGGACUUGAGUGGCAGACCAUACCGUGCUCCCGACUUCCGAGACGCUCUGCUUGAGGUAGUGAAUACUUCAGAUAUUGUAGGUGUCGGACAGUAUCAAAUGAGCCAUGUAUGGAUGGUUACUUGCGCUAGUAGUGCGGCAAAACAGACCCUCGUCGCCUUUGGUGAGCUCCGUGUCAAAGGGCUGAAGUGCAUGGUGAUAGAUCCGGAGACUAAAAACAUCAAGCUUAAAUUACUAUGGCUUCCACCUCACCUUGAACCACGACGCGUUGAGGAAGCGUUCCAGGCCUAUGGUCAGGUGAAGUCGGUGGAGAGAGAAGCAUGGAGAUGCACUGGCAUGGAACAGUGGGUGACAACAAACCGGGAGGUUUCCUUGGUGCUCAAGGACACUAUCACCGUAACCUCGAUACCGCACAUUAUGUCCAUUUAUGGACACCAGUGCCUCGUACUUAUCCCCGGUAGGCCUCCUCUGUGCCUUCGUUGCAAGCGCGUGGGACACGUUCGACGACAAUGCAGAACACCGAGAUGCUUACAGUGCCAUCGAUUUGGUCACUCAGCGGACGCCUGCGUGUCCACCUACGCCAAUAAGCUUCGUUCUGGGCAAUAUAGCGCAGACGAGCCACAACUGGACCACCUCAUGGAUUCUACAGAGGUAGUAGAUGCCACCGGAGAGACUACAGGUGGCAUUAGGGACGAGGACCAGGAGACCUUGAAGCCAAUGCCAACCAGUCAUAACAGCUCAAGUAAGACUAGCGAAGCUUCCGGCGAGGAUGACUCAGUUUGCCCACCUGGCCUAGCAAGCCUUAAAGAAAAGCCCCCUGAUGACAAGGAAGAAGAGGAAGAGGCGAUGGACAUCAGCAAGGCCAGGAAACGUCCGGCACCAUGCAAUGACGAAGCAACAGAAUGUGCACUACCGGCGCCCGAGAAAGUGUCUCCUAGUGCUCAGCAAACUCCCUCUCCUGGUGAUAAUGUGCCCCACCGGUUAUAUCAGCGUAGUCAGGAGAGUGGCACAAAGAAGCCCAAAGGGAGCAAGACCACAGAUUUACCUGUGGCCAAGGGCAAUGAAAUACAAAAGCUUUAGGUGAGCAAAAUGGCUACCGCCUUCACCCUCCCUUUAUGUGUAGCGACACUCAACGUACGUGGGCUGAGGAAUAUAAGGCGUCAGCGGCAGUUACUACACGUGCUUAGGCAGCAUGAAGUUGAUGUUGGUGCAGUGCAAGAGACAAAGAUAUCGUCUGCUGGUGAUGUCAACCUUGCGCUGCAAACUUUUCAACCUGAUUACGAGGACUUUAUUCAUUAUGGAGAAGUCGAAUGAUCGACAGACAUGCCGAGCCACCUCGCUCGACAAGGUCUAUCUUCCGUGAAGAGACUGCUCAAGUCCGAAGUGUGGUGCUUACAUAUGAUCCCGUCCCUGAAUGGAUUUCACACCUGGACGCUUGUGUUUGUUUGCCAGAAUUUUGAACUGUCAUUGGACUGUAUACUUUCUGUGAAUUUAUUUCUCUUGUAUGAUCAUAUGUGAUGUAACUGUAGCGGUUUGACAGUAACGA